ACUGUCCUCUGGCUUGGUUGGAAGGCAGCUGCACUGCAGAACUCCCGUUACUUCAAGCUCAGCACACGCUGCACACGGUCCACGCCCCGGUAGCUAGCUUAUAGCAAACAGGGUCAAGAAGUCGACAAGAUGAGCUAUAGUGGACGGUCAUCCAAGCUUUACAGUGGCCAUUCUAUAAACGUCCAGUGACCGUUCGUUUGAACUACUGAUACCCUAGUUUUUAACUUACAAUGAAUUACAGUGGUACAGGGAUAACCCCAGCUCCACCUAGGGGAGGGUUAAGGUCAGGAAUGAGAUCUCACAAGCAAAGUCAGCAUGAUAAAAAAGACGACAGUCCUUUGACUGACCAGUUCGUGGAACUUGUGGCAUCAGGACAAGACCAACGUAACUGGCGAGGUAUUGGAAUAGCUCUUCUCGUUAUCGUAGCAGUGUGCUCCUUGAUAGUGACAUCCGUCGUUCUUCUCACGCCUGGCGAUGAUAAUCCUCAUAUCAAGAAAGAAAGGCUCAACUUAGCUGAGGUUUUAAGUGGAAGUUUCUCACCCAGAAGAUUUAAUGGGACAUGGAUAUCAGAAAAAGAGUUUCUUUUCCGUAAUUUGGAUGGAGAUUUACUUUUGUUCAACGCAGAAAAUGUCAAUUCGUCUUUCCUUAUGUCCAAUACAACAUUUGUAAGUACUUUAAAGUCUGGUAUUUUCAGAAGUAACGGAAAAAAUAUUACACAACUCUAA